UGACAAUCAACCCGUUUUGCUAAUAACCCAAUAACGUAUUCUCUCGAGCUUCCGGCGUAGCAAAGCAUAUCAAAUCAUCGGAUUUCUUCUCAGGUAAUAAUGGCGUCAUCAGCAAUGGUUGUGGACCCCAAGCCCACAUUGGAACUUCCUCCAUCGAUCCCUGCUUUGAGAUUGGACCUCCAACAAGCUUUCGCGGACCUAUCCAACGCCGAGGAAGACGACCUCUACAGCCGCCUAAAGUCCCUUCAGCGUCAGCUCGAGUUCAUCGAUAUUCAAGAAGAGUAUGUCAAAGACGAGCAAAAGAAUUUGAAGCGUGAGCUUCUCCGUGCUCAGGAAGAGGUCAAGCGGAUUCAGUCGGUGCCGCUCGUUAUUGGCCAGUUCAUGGAGAUGGUCGAACAAAAUAAUGGUAUCGUGGGCUCCACCACUGGCUCUAAUUACUACGUGAGAAUUCUUAGCACCAUCAAUAGGGAGCUCUUGAAGCCCUCUGCUUCAGUCGCUCUGCACCGGCAUUCCAAUGCCCUUGUGGAUGUGUUACCUCCUGAGGCUGAUUCCAGUAUUUCUCUACUCAGCCAGUCAGAGAAACCUGAUGUCACUUACAAUGACAUUGGAGGAUGUGACAUUCAAAAGCAGGAAAUCCGUGAGGCAGUGGAGUUGCCGCUUACUCACCAUGAACUAUACAAACAAAUUGGAAUAGAUCCCCCCCGUGGUGUCUUGCUUUAUGGUCCCCCUGGCACUGGAAAAACCAUGCUUGCCAAGGCUGUUGCUAAUCAUACAACAGCGGCUUUUAUUAGAGUUGUUGGCUCUGAGUUUGUUCAGAAGUAUUUGGGUGAGGGCCCCCGUAUGGUUCGUGACGUUUUUCGCCUUGCUAAGGAGAAUGCCCCUGCAAUUAUUUUCAUCGAUGAGGUAGAUGCUAUUGCUACUGCUAGGUUUGAUGCUCAAACUGGAGCUGACAGAGAAGUUCAACGAAUCUUGAUGGAACUUCUGAAUCAGAUGGAUGGCUUUGACCAAACAGUCAAUGUUAAGGUCAUAAUGGCAACAAAUCGUGCAGACACUUUGGACCCUGCGCUUCUUCGUCCCGGUAGACUUGACCGAAAAAUUGAAUUUCCAUUGCCUGAUAGACGGCAAAAGAGGCUUGUUUUCCAGGUCUGCACUUCUAAAAUGAAUCUCAGUGAUGAGGUAGACUUGGAGGAUUAUGUUUAUCGGCCAGAUAAAAUCAGUGCUGCUGAGGACUUCUGCUCAUGGUCCCAAACGGUUCCUGUGUUUUUCGUGACAAACUCUGAAUUUGGGCCUCAAACCGAGAUUCAGCCUGUGCCACUCUUGCCUCAUUUUGCGCUUGAACCUCCUGCAAAAGUGAUUAUUGCAGCUAUUUGCCAGGAAGCAGGCAUGCAUGCAGUUCGCAAGAAUAGGUAUGUCAUACUCCCUAAAGACUUUGAGAAGGGUUACCGAACCAAUGUGAAGAAGCCCGACACCAACUUUGAAUUCUACAAAUGAGAGAUACUAAAGCACAUGGGAAUGGCCUGCAUCUUAAUGGCAUCGUCUUUAGUUCUGGGGAAUGAUUUUGUUAUAGCUGAUAAUAUUUGAUUGUUGAAAAGAUUCAAAUGUCCGUCCUUCAAUGUCAAUCUAUAUGGUAUUUUGGCAGUAGCUGAAGAUGCACCCUUUAGAGUCGUUUCAGCGUGUUGGUGAGGAAAAGCUUAAUAGCGCAAAGGAUAGGUUCUUUCGUAGACAUUUCCUUCUUUUUCCCAAGUAGUGUGUUCAUUUUUUAUUUGUUUAUUUAUUUAUUCCUUUAGAUACUCUCUUUUUUUUAAAAAAAAAAAACAUUAGGUACUUUGUAAA